AUGUCGCUGCUCCCAUGGCCCGCCCUGUGGGCCGCGAUGAUCCUGUGGGUCGCUUUAGGCACGUUUCAGUUUGGAUUCGGCAUCUCUGAGCUGAAUGCACUGCACUCGCGCUUCGUGGGCGCGGCGCCUACACGCGAGUGUGUGGGCCUGACGGACGACCAGUACGGCUACGCCACAGCUAUCUACACUUGCGGCGGCGGCCUCGCAUCGAUGAUCAUGAUUCCCCUUCCCAUGUACGUGAACGUCGGGCGCCGGACGUGCCUGAAUGCGGCGGCCGCGCUCGCCCUCGGUGGCAGCCUGCUGCUCGCUGUAUCAACGGGUCUCUCGCUGAUCCUGUGCGGACGCCUCCUCCAGGGCCUGGGCGCCGGCAUCGCUGUCGUCCAAGUGCCGCUGUACCUGCAGGAACUGGCGCCGCCCUCCAUUGCCGGUACGAUUGGCAUUUGCAACCAGCUGGCCACUGUCACGGGCAUCCUCGUCGCGCAGGCCGUCGGUACGUGGGCCGUGCUGGGCCACCACGCGUGGCAGCGCGUGCCCCAGGCGAGCGCGGUCGUCGCUGUGCUGCAGCUUGCGUUUGGGCUCGUGUACGCGGUGGAGAGCCCCGGCUGGCUCGACACGCACGGCACGGCGCACGGUGUGCCUGCUGCCCCGGCGGCCGAGGCCGUACGCGCGCGCCUCGGCCUCGACUAUGGCGCGCUGCCGCAGCACACGCACAGCAACGACAGGGACCGCGCGACGCGUGCGCCGUCGCUGGGGCAUGGCCUGCGUAUUGUUGCGCUGACGCAGGCGGCGCAGCAACUCAGCGGCGUGAAUGCCAUCAUGUACUACAGCACGGGUAUCCUGUCUGCGCUGCUUCCCAGUAUGGCGCCGUUCGUGGGCCUUGUGAUCACGAUCAUCAAUGCAGCCAUGACGCUGCCGCCGCUGUGGCUUGUGGACGACCCGCGGUUUGGGCGCAAGCGCCUCUUGCUGCUGAGCGCCGCGGGCAUGGGCGUUUUCAGCCUUGUGCUGGCAUACGCCCUGGCGGGCGCCCACUCCUGGCUCAGUGGGAUGGCCAUUGUGCUGAUGAUUGCGUGCUUCUCUGUGGGCCUCGGGCCCGUGCCGUUCGUGCUGAUCCCUGAGGUGAUGCCGCCCGCUCAUGUCACGACGGGCUCCGCGAUGGGUCUCGGGCUCAACUGGGUGCUCAAUCUGUGUGUGGCCCUGUCGUUCCAGCCACUGCGCCGUCUGCUGGGCGCCCUGGACGGCCACACGGGCGGCAUGGUGUUUGUGGUAUUGGGAGUACUCAACUUGGGCUUCGCCGUGGCGAUGCAUCGUAUGUAUACACCUAUCUAG